ACGAGCCCGCACUCUCCACUCUGUCACCGGCGACAACGCCAUGGAUCCAAACUCGCCGAGAUCUCGUCGGACCCGAAAACCCGAUCCGAAACCCGACAUCUACUCCACCUUCGUAGUCCACUCCGACUCCGAUUCCGAUCCAGACACCACCACCACCACCAAUCGCAAAUCCAAACCCGACGAAACCGUCGAUUUAUACGCCACAACCGUCUACAAAGGCGACGAUGAAGAAGACGAAGAAGACGACGAUUCCUUCCUCCCUCCUCUCCUCAAACGCCUCCCCAAGGACUUCGGAGGCUACGACGACGAGGAAGACGGAGACGAUGGAGGAGAUUUCGGGACGAUGAUUGUGAAGAAGGAUCAAUCAAGAACAAUCAGUCCUCCUAGGAAGGUAGUCGAUGAUGAAGAGUCUUCUUCUUCCGAGGAGGAGGAGGAGGAGGAGGAGUUUGGUACGUUUGUAGUGAAAUCUUCUAAAAAGAAGAAGAAAGGGAAGGAGGAGAUGGAUUUGUCUACUAUGGGAAGAGCGGUUGCGAGUAUGCAGGAAUCGAGCUUUGGCGGUGGUGGUGGGAAGAAGAAUCGGUCUUCUUCUCCUUCGGAUAGUAGGAGGAUGAGGCAGCAGAAUAGUAAGAUGUCGACCACGUCUCUUCCGGAUAGUAUUACUCGAGAGGAUCCAACCACCAAAUACGAAUUCCUCAAUGAACUUGGGAAAGGAUCGUAUGGAUCUGUUUACAAGGCGAGGGAUUUGAAGACGUCUGAGAUUGUUGCUGUUAAAGUCAUUUCACUCACUGAAGGGGAGGAGGGGUAUGAAGAGAUUCGUGGGGAGAUUGAGAUGCUGCAGCAGUGUAAUCAUCCGAAUGUUGUCCGCUAUCUCGGGAGUUACCAAGGAGAAGAUUAUCUUUGGAUAGUGAUGGAGUAUUGUGGAGGGGGAAGUGUUGUUGAUGUGAUGAAUGUUACUGAGGAGGCAUUGGAGGAGUAUCAGAUUGCAUAUAUUUGUCGAGAGGCUUUGAAGGGCCUUGCAUACUUGCACUCAAUAUUCAAAGUCCAUAGAGAUAUUAAGGGUGGAAAUAUCUUGUUGACUGAACAAGGAGAGGUCAAGUUGGGUGACUUUGGAGUUGCGGCUCAACUUACGCGGACUAUGUCGAAGCGAAACACGUUCAUUGGGACUCCGCAUUGGAUGGCUCCGGAGGUUAUUCAGGAAAACCGUUAUGAUGGGAAGGUGGAUGUAUGGGCUCUUGGUGUUUCAGCAAUUGAGAUGGCAGAGGGGCUUCCUCCAAGAUCAGCAGUUCAUCCGAUGAGGGUUUUGUUCAUGAUAUCGAUCGAGCCAGCUCCAAUGCUUGAAGAUAAAGAAAAAUGGUCCCUGGUCUUUCAUGAUUUUGUUGCGAAGUGCCUCACAAAGGAGCCACGUCUUCGCCCAACUGCAGAUGAGAUGCUUAAGCACAAAUUCAUUCAGAGAUGCAAAGCCGGGGCUUCAGCAAUGUCGGCAAAGAUUGAGAAGUCUAGACAAAUCAGAGCUUCAAUGGCUCUGCAAGCGCAAAAAGUUGCCUCUUCUUCAGAGGACGCUUCAACACUGGGCCCAAAAUCAAAUGAAGUGGUCGGAACUACUGUUCCAUAUAAGCCUCCUAAUAAUGGAUAUCAAAAUACCACUGGAGCACCUCCAACAAGCACCCUGAAUCGGCAGGAUGGAGAAGGUGGUGGUGACUUUGGAACUAUGAUCGUUCACGAUGAGGAUGAGGCAGACGAGAGUUACCCGAGGUCUCAACUCGCCAAAGAGAAAGAAUCUUCAUCUUCUAAGGUUGAUCGCCCUUCUGUCGGGUUUUCCGGAGAAGAAGUAACUAGGAUCCAUGAAAAAAAGAAUCUUCCUACCACUACUGACGUUGCGGUUGAAGCCUCAACUUCACAAAGCCUGCAGCAAACUUCAUCAUCUCUUGAGCAUAAAAAGAAGCUCAAUAACUUAUCUGGAACACAUACCGAAGGUGGGAGUGAUGUCAGUGGCAGUACAUUGAAGAGUGAAACUGUUGGCAAGAAAGCUUUUGCAUUACAAGAUAAGUUAUGGUCAAUCUACGCAGCUGGAAACACAGUACCGAUACCGUUCUUGAGAGCAACAGAUAUAUCACCAAUAGCACUCUUGUCAGAGAACAUGAUCGGAGGCAUGCAACAGGAUGGGAAUGGAAGUGUAGCCGUUGAAGCUCUUCAGGAACUCUUCACUUCUGAUCCCCAAUCCAAAAAGGGAAGAAGAGGACAAAACGAGAUGCCUUUGCCUCCAAGUGUAUACCAGAGACUGACGUCAAGCCCUCCUCUGAUGAAUCUUGCACAAGUUUUAGCCUACCACAGAGCGUGUUAUGAGGAGAUGCCGCUGCAGGAAUUGCAAGCAACGCAGGAGCAGCAAACCAUUCAGAAUCUGUGCGAUACUCUACGCACUAUUCUUCGCCUCUAAUGUUUUUUUGUUUCUGUUCAUAUUGUCAUACACUGUUGGUAUUACUAUUAUUUAGGUUGUCUCAAUAAGUUUUUAAAUUUGCUAAUAUGAGAAAGUGAUAUUUUCAAGAAUUUAUAAACUUAAAUGUUGCAGUUGUUUUUUUUUAAAUAGUUUUCAUUCACAUUUGUAAAAAAUAAAUCAUUUUGUAAUCUCUUGGUAAAAGGUUUAGUGGAAAAACAUGACAUGGUUUCUUUUGUUGUGUAAUAAAAUCUCCAAAACCC